UAUUGACGGUUGGAAAAAAAAUCAAUUUCCUCCCGUAACGACCUGAUUCUGCUUGCUUGUCCCUCUUCCCCCUCCGAUCUCCACAAUGGCGGAUCCCGGCGACACCACCAACCCCUUCGCUUCCCCCUCCCCCGCCGCCGCCGCUGUCACCUCGCCGUGGGACGACCUCCCCGACGACUUCUUCCUCUCCGCCUCCAUCUCCUCGGCUGCCACUCCCACUCCCACUCGCACUCCCCCGCCCCCUAUCCCCUCCACCUCCCCCCGCGCCGCCGCCCCCGGCCCCCACCGAUCCGCCUCCACCCCCACCCCCACCCCCUCUGCCUCCGCUUCCUUCUCCGACCCACGGAAUCGCGCGCCUCCAGCAGUGCAGCACCCGCCGCCGCACCUCCACCCCAGCCACUCUCUCCCCGUCUUCAACGCGGCGACCCUCUCCGCCGCCGCCGCAACCGACAUCUGGCCCCCGCCCCCAGGGCCCCACCACUCCGGCUCCCUCCCAGAGUUCGCCGCUGCCCCCACCUCCCUCGCGCACCGCCCACCCUCGCGCUCCGCGGUGCGCGCCGACCGACCGCCGCCGCUCGAGCUGCGCCCGCGCCCGCCGAGGGAGUCGCAGGCCGGUGCGGCCCUCCGCGCGCUCGCCUGCUACUGUGACGCUCCUUGGUUCGGGGCCGGCGCCGGCGCCCGCUUGUGGGCUGCGGGCGAGGCCGGCGUCAGGGCGUGGGACCUCGCGGACGCCUUCCGGUCGCCGGCAUCUCGGCAGCGGUGGGGCGACGAGGCGGCCUCACCGUUCACGGAGUCGCGCAGGACGCCGCCCGCGCUCUGCCUUGCAGCGGAUCCUGGCCGCGGCGUGGUGUGGAGCGGCCACGCGGACGGGCGGAUCGUGGGUUGGAACGCGGAUCAAGGACCCGAGGCAGGGGAGUGCCUCGUAUGGGAAGCACACCGUGGGCCGGUGUUCGCAUUGGCUGUCUCUGCCUACGGUGAUUUGUGGUCUGGAUCUGAAGGGGGAGUAAUCAAAGUAUGGUAUGGAGAAGCUAUUGAGAAGUCACUCGUUUUACAAAGAGAAGAAAAGCGUAAGACCUCCUUUUUAGUUGAAAGAUCAUCCAUUGACCUUAGGGCCAUGGUCAGUGAUGGAGGGGCCUGUCCCUUGCCUGCCGUAGAUGUAAAACUUCUAUUGUCUGACAAUUCUAGAUCAAAAGUAUGGAGUGCUGGUUACCUCUCAUUUGCACUCUGGGAUUCUCGCACCAAGGAUCUUCUAAAAGUGUUAAAUGUUGAUGGCCAAGUUGAUACUCGUUUUGACAUCUUAUCUGGUCAGGAUCCACAUAGUUAUGAAACAAAGCUAAACCUAUUCUCCGCUCCAAAGAAAGAGAAAGCUCGCAGUCCUGUUGGUUUUUUGCAGAGAUCACGGAAUGCUUUGUUGGGAGCAGCUGACGCAGUCCGGAGAGUUGCUGUUAAAGCAGGUUUUGGAGAUGACACUCAAAGAACAGAAGCAUUCACAAUGUCGACGGAUGGGAUGAUCUGGACAGGAUCUGCAAAUGGCUCUCUUGCCCGAUGGGAUGGCAAUGGUAAUCGUUUGCAAGAGUUCCAGCAUCAUUCAUCUUCUGUCCAAUGUAUUUGCAACUUUGGAACUAGAUUAUGGGUUGGUUACAUGGAUGGCAGCAUCCACCUGUUGAACCUGGAAGGCAACUUGUUAGGAGGAUGGAUUGCACAUAGUAGUCCAAUUCUGAGUAUGGCUGUUGGAGGGUCAUAUAUCUUUACAUUGGCUGGUCAUGGGGGAAUCCGUGGAUGGAACUUGUCGUCCCCAGGGCCUAUCGAUAACAUUUUGCAUUCAGAGUUAAUUGAGAAAGAGCCAUCAUACAAAAAAUUUGAAUAUAUGAAAGUAUUAGUGGGUUCUUGGAAUGUUGGGCAAGAAAAAGCAUCUCAUGAUUCGCUAAGAGCUUGGCUAAGACUGCCAACACCAGAGGUUGGCGUAGUAGUAAUUGGAUUGCAGGAGGUGGAGAUGGGUGCUGGUUUUCUUGCAAUGUCUGCAGCUAAAGAAACGGUAGGUCUAGAGGGAAGUCCAAAUGGUGAGUGGUGGUUGGAUGUAAUUGGACAGAUCUUAAAGGAUCACUCUUUUGUGCGUGUUGGUUCAAGACAGAUGGCUGGAUUACUCAUUGCUAUAUGGGUCAAAAUAAAUCUUAAGCAGUUUAUUGGAGAUAUUGACAAUGCUGCAGUAGCAUGUGGUUUAGGGAGAGCAAUUGGCAACAAGGGAGCAGUAGGAUUGAGAAUGAGGAUAUAUGAUAGAAGCAUUUGCUUCAUAAAUUGUCAUUUUGCUGCACAUAUGGAAGCUGUGAGCAGACGGAAUGAAGACUUUGAUCAUGUCUUUAGUUCAAUGACAUUUUCUACCCCUUCCAGUGGAUUUUUGACAACAUCAGUUUCUGGUUCUGCUGCUCAGCUUCUUCGUGGACCAAAUGGAUCAAGACUGCCCGAGCUAUCAGAUACAGACAUGGUUGUGUUUCUUGGUGACUUUAAUUACCGGCUUUAUGGUAUUUCUUAUGAUGAGGCAAUGGGUUUGGUUUCCCGGAGAUGCUUUGACUGGCUGAUAGAGAAUGACCAGCUACGAGCAGAAAUGAGAUCUGGGAGAGUCUUCCAGGGGUUACGUGAAGGGAAAUUCAAGUUCCCCCCUACUUACAAAUUUGAGAAACACACAGCAGGCUUAUCGGGGUAUGAUUGUAGUGAGAAGAGGCGCAUUCCAGCCUGGUGUGACAGAAUUUUAUAUCGAGACAGCCGAGCUAGUUCAGAGAUCGAGUGUUCUUUGGAGUGUCCUGUGGUUUGCUCCAUAUCACUGUAUGACUCUUGCAUGGAAGCAACCGACAGUGAUCACAAACCUGUAAAAUGUGUGUUUAAUUUUGAUAUUGCUCAUGUUAACAAGCAAACAAUGAGACAGAAAUAUGGGGAGAUAAUGAGUUCAAACAAGAAAUUGCUGUACUCGUUUCAGGGCUUGGAGUCUUUCCCUGAAGCAAAUAUCAGUACUAAUGACAUCAUCCUGCAAGAUCAAAAUCCUUCUGUUCUGAAACUACAAAAUAGAAGUACAAAAGAGUUGGCUCGUUUUGAGAUCAUUGGUCAAACGUCAAACUCCUCUGCCACACAUUUUCCUGGUUUCCCUUCUUGGCUGAAGGUUUCCCCAGCUGUUGGUAUAAUUUCUCCUGGACAAACAGUAGAGGUCACAUUGCAACAUGGAGAACUGCGUAGUCAAGAUUUUCUUACUGGACCUUCAGGGAAUAGUUCUGGAGCCGACCAAGAAAAGACUGCAACCCUGCUGGUGAUAGUAACUGGAGUGUACUCGACGGCUGGGAGAGGUCACAAAAUACAUGUACAACACCGCAGGGAUGCAAUUUCAUCAAGAGGUUACAUCCUCGCUGAUCGAUUCUUUGGUUGAUCAUGGUUGUUAAGUUAUUUUCUUGUCGUCAAAGUGUGCAUAGAAAAUGUAUGUUGUACAAAAAUUUCUUUGUGGGUGAUGACAAACCAAGGGUUUCGUGUGCUAAAAUGUGUCGGUGUAUUGUCGGAAAGUGAAUUCAUGGACAAGUACAACGUACUAAACUGCACAGCUGAAAUUUUCCAAAGGAUUCAGUCAGAAGA